AGAUACAUACAUAUAUAUAUAUAUAUAAUACUCAGUCCAUGGCCGAUUCACUGCUCAUUGAGGAGCCUCAUCCCUAUAUAGAGGAUGUGGCUGCCUCUGUUAUUGUCGACCCCACAGCUGUAAUAGGAGGAGGUGCUGGCCCCGGCACUUUGCCUGCAGCUGCAAUGCAAUUCGCAGAUCUCACAGAGAGCGGCAGCGAAAGCGGCGACGACGUGAGCAGCGAUCCACAUUUGCAGCCGUCGUCCCAGCAGCAGCAGCAGCAGCAACAACAACAAACACAACAACAACAACAACAGCUGCAACAGUCUGAGAAUGGCUCAUCCGGACGUUCGUCACCGCCACCAAAUUGUGCCAUUUGCUUGUCCCGCUGCAGGCGCAAAUGUUUCACCGACUCGUGCAUGCAUCAGUUCUGCUUCAAGUGUCUGUGCGAGUGGAGCAAGAUCAAGGCUGAGUGCCCGCUCUGCAAGCAGCCCUUCAAGACCAUCAUCCACAAUGUCCGCACCUUGGAUGACUACGAUCGCUAUCCGGUGCAGACCAACGCGCCGGAGCAUUCGUCUGUGAGCUUCCACUUUGUCAACCUUAGGCGACAGCGCUAUCUGAACCAAGGUGUGCUGACCAAUGACAUCGAUGCCGGUGCCACAGAUGAUUCACUGGACGGCCUCCUGCCACAUCCCACUCGCAUGCAGGGGCCCUUCAAUCGCUUCGAGCCGUAUCGCACAGAGUUGCUGAACUUCUAUCGUCAUGAUCAGGAUGCGGGCGGUUCGGGUUCACUUAGUCAGCUAUGGCGUCGCUAUGUCUACGACAGGAAGCUCUACGCGUUGCCCGUGUGCGACAGUCUAACGGGACAGUUUCGUGAGUGGAGCGCACGCUUCUAUAGAGACAACCCCGCACAGAUGCAUCGCCUGAUGCCCUGGAUCAAUCGGGACAUUGUCUGCCUGUUGCGCAACCUGCCGCAGAAUGUGAGCGAAGUGAUGCAGCUGAUGCACGACAUUCUGCCGAUGAUCAAUAUACCGACCCGCACAUUCCGUCGCCGCCUGACACCCUACCUGGGCGAGCGCACCAAUCACUUCAUCCACGAGCUGUUCAAUUUCGCACGCUCGCCCUACGACAUGGUCGGCUAUGAUCGGGUGGUGCAGUACUCGGCACGUGUGGCCGAGGAAGUGGAGGUGGAUCUGCUCGACUUGGUGUCCAGCAAUAACGACGGCAUCGCAGCAACGGCCACAGAUGGCAGUGGAGGCGGCGGCGGCGUCGGGGGCGGGGAUGGCGCUGUUAAUGCCAGUGCUGAAGUGGCCAGCGAGUGGAGCCGCCUGCCACGCCCCUCGACUAGCGUUAUCGUCACCAAUCCCAGUGCAACACAUUCCUUUAGCGUCACAAUGGCCACCGAUGGCAGCGAGCUGCCAGGGAUUUCGAUACGUCGCACCACCACCUCCAAUGUGGGCUCCCAGACGGUGGCCAUCAAUCUGAGCAUGCGCCGUCCGGCCAACGAGAUCAUCGAGAUCGGCGAUGAUGGCGAUGCGGAGGCCAAUGCCGAGGUGGCCGCCAUCAAUGAUGGCACCGGGCAGACAGGACGACGCCAGGCGGGCGCCAGUCUGCCCAUCAGUGCCCACAUCGAGCUGCAGAGCAGCGACUGCAGCAACAGCAGCGACGACGAGUGCGUCUUUGUGCUGGAGCGCAAGCCGCCGCAUUUGCGCACACCGGAGCUGGUUAGCCUGGACUCCAACAGUGAUUCGGACGUGGUCUUUGUGGACGAGCAGCGGCCCCAGACGUCGUCGUCGUCGCCGGCCAAGGCAACAGAUGCUGCAGCUCCUAAUGCCGAGGCAACAAUUGGCGACGGCGUGGCCAGUGAGCUGUUCAUGGGUCCCUCGACCAGCACGGGCGUCUGCUCCAACUCGCACAGCCGCUGGAUGGUGCUGGACGAUGGGCGUCGCAAGGAUCUGUUGCAGUGCAACGGCUUGCCCAAGCGCCAUGCGACGCGAUCGCAACAUCGCCACAGCCAAGCGGCAGCAGCAGCUGCCGCCGGUGGCCGCAGCAGCAGCAGCAGCAGCGGCACCAACUGGACCAACAACAGCAGCAGCAGCAGCGAAGACAGCAGCGAUGAGUUCACUGUGAAGUUGAGGAAGAGGCGACCAGCGCGCAAGACGAAGACGCGCAAGCGUGUGGCCCGCACCAACAGCAGCAACAAUUUCAAGAACAAACGGCGACGCAAGCAGCAGCAGCAGCCGGCGGAGGAGGAGGAUGCGGAGGAGACGCCACGAUUGCGCAUGCCAAGCAGGAGCAAGAGCCAGAGCAGCGACAGCAACAACAACAACAACAACAGCAGCAGCGGAGAUGAGAGCAGCGAUGGAGCAGGUAACAAGGCAAAGAGGAAGCGCAACAAUAUGAGCAGCAGCAGCAACGAUGAGAGCAACAGCAGCGAUGAUGACAGCACAGAUAACCUAAAGCUGAGCACACUCAGAGAGCACAUUAAAAUCGAGGUAAAGCCGCGCAAGUAUGAGCUGAAAGCCGAACAGCCAGAAGCAGAGGCAGGGGCGACGGUGGAGCAGCACUGCCAAACAGCAGAGCCCAUGCUGAAUGUGAAGAGCAGCACGCAUCAACGACGUCGCAAUAGCUGCAACAGCAACAGCAACAGCAACAGCAACAGCAGCCAUCAGAGCCAUCUGUCCAGUCGCAGCAAUAGCCAGAGCUUGAAUAGCAGCACCGUGGCCAGUCAGUGCAAUACCAUGUCCAGCUUCUCGCCCCUCAGUCUCGCACUCACUAGCAAUUCGGCGAGUGGCAUGGCAAUGCAUUACCAGAGCGCCAGGUUGAUGGGGCUGCCCGGCGGCAGUGUGGACAGGGCGGACAGUGAGCAGUCGGAGGCGACGUUAAGCUAUUUGCACACAAGCGCCAGCAGCAGGCGUCAGCGGGCUGUCGAUGAGGAGGCGCAGUUGGGCAUUUAUUCGGAUGGCAGCAAUGAUGACUUUAUCAUUGAUGUGGUGCGGGAGGCGGAGAGUAGCCUAAUGAAUGAAUCUGUGGAGGGAGAGCCGGAAGUGCAGCAGCAACAGGAACAGCAGGAGGAGGCAGCUGAGCAACCCAGUGUUGCUUCCGAAGAGGAGGAUCACGGCGAAGACGAAGAGGAGGGGGAGGAUGAUGAUGACGAAAAUGAUGAGGAUGCGGGUGAGCAUGACCAGGAGCAGGAAACGGCUGACGAUGAUGCAACCGAUGAUGCUGAAGAUGCUGCAGACUCUCCGGCACCCGAUACCGAGGCCAGCGACUCGGAACAGGAUGCAACGGAUGCCUACUAAGACGCCUUGCCGCUUGCUAAAGCACGAACUGUGGUUUUUUUUUGUAAAACGAUUUUUAAACACUUUUUGUUUUUAAGUAGUUGUUCUUAACAACGCCCGUGUGACGUUCUCUUUUAAAAGCCCCCAUUUAAACUUGUUGACUAUACCUAAAAUGAAGCAGACGAAGAAGAUGAAGAGAAUGACUCCCGAUUUAUACAUAUAUCUAGAGAUUAAUGUUAAACGCAGGACGCGAAAACUUUUGUAGUCUUGAGGCCGUUAAUUAAGCUUAAGCUUGAGUUUUUAAGUUGUACAUACAUAUACUUGGCUAUAUAUACACACAUAUUCAUUGUAUUAUAUAAAUGCAUUGGCUCCCAUUA